AUGCCAAUUGAAAUUGCCGUUGUCUUUGCUUUUCUUCUUCAUUCUGUUUUUCUCUAUUUUCUUCCUAUUUCCUUUCUAUUAUUUUUCUUUUUCUUCUGUUUUCUUUUUCAUUUUUUACUUUUUCUUAUUUUUUUAAUCAUUUGUUUUCUGAUUUCUUCUUUUUUCAUUCACAAAUUCUCAUUUUUUUCCUUUCUUAUUCUGAUUUUUGCUUUUUGCUUUCUUAUUCUGAAUUUUUGCUUUUUUUCAUUCUUUCUUUCUAUGGUUUUAUUUUGUUUAGUUUUGUUUUUUUCUUCAUUUCUCUUUCACUUUUAUUUUGUUUUGUUUUUUCUUUCUUAUUCUGCUUCUUUUUUUUCUUUCACUUUUUUGUUCCAUUUGAUUUUCUUUAUUCAUUUCUCUUUCACUUUUUUGUUUUACCUUGACUUUUUCUUUCAUCUGUUCUUUCAUUACUUUUCUUCUUCACUUAUUGAUUUUGUUUUUUGGUUUAUUGUUUAUUUCUUGUUUUUAUUUUCUUAUUUUUGGAUUUUCUUAUUUUUCUAUUUUUCAUCUUUUUCAUUCAUUCAUCUCUGUUUCUCCAUUUUUUUAUUUUUUUCGUUCAUGAAUCCCCUUUCAAUUUUCUUUUUUAUUUGUUUUUUCUCAUACCCAUUUUUAAAACUUUUUAUGUCUUCUUUCCUUCAUUCAUUUUCCUUUUCAUUUCUUUGUCUUUUUCCUUUAUUUCUUCUUCGUCUUACUUAUCUUCCAAUUUUCACUUGUUUUCAUUUUAUAUUUUACUCAUUCAUUUUUGGUCCUAACCCUUUUUUCCCCCUUUCCUUCACAUUUUCCUUUGGUCCAUUCUUGAUCACACUUAAACCUUCUUUCACUUGCUCUCACACUUUUCCUGUUCUUUCUGAAGCCUUGUUCCCUACAAAUCUCUUUCUCCCCUCAUCUACUCUUUCUCCUCUCCUGAACACUUUCCUCCCUCUUGACUCUUUCUCCUCUCCUGUACACUUUCCUCCCUCUUGA